AUGGAGUCGAAAAUACCGAAACCAUCGUUUGUAAAAAAGACUUCUGGAAUGGCAAGUUUGCCUGGAAACGCACGGCUGCCUUUAACAGAUAUGCUGAAUGUGCCUGUAGAGUUGGACUAUCACGGUAAACGGGUGGCUUCACCUGAACUAGUAAAUGCUGCUAUGUUAAAUCGAACCAAGUUACGUCGCAGUCGCUCAGCAAGCGAUCUUAGCAGGCCUAACUUUCAUCGACCGAAAUUUGUACCUAAUUUGGAAAGUAUCCCUUCCGCUAAAACAAAUCAUUUUAACGCUGCGACCGUAUCUCAAAUGGUGAAAAGUAACUUAGUCAAGCAGGUUCAAAAAAACCAUUUGAGAAGAAGCCUUUCCACAGGUGAUUUGUCAACAAAAGUUGUUCCUAGUGUCAGCACUAAAAACUCCCAACAAAAUCCAGUUAAGCGGCAGUUAUCAACAGUUGCUAGUACGAUUCCACCUAAAGCUGUCAAGGUGACCGCCUCCAGUUCAGCAACUGCAAAAGUGUUUGGAACGAAGCCAACAGCAGCAGUUACAAGAAAACCACCAAUGACAAACAAACCUAAGGUCGGCCCAGCUAAGUCCACUUCGGUAAAUUCCAGUGUUUCAAGUGUAAAAUCUAAUUCAUCGACAUCCAGUGGUGGGGCUGGAAAAAAAACUAUAAGUAAUCGGAUUCCUCCAUACGAUUAUAAAGCUCGUUAUUAUGAUUUGUUGGAAAAGCACCAAGCGCUCAAGGCAAAGGUGGAUUCACUCAGACAGGCGAAUAAUGAGUUAGAAACUCUGCCACAGAAAUACGACGAUUGCUUGGAAGAGCUAAGAAAACUAAAGCAGCAGCAUGAACAGUUAAUGGAGAGUAAUCGUUUAGUUAUACUAGAAAAUGACAAUCUCAAAUUGAAAAAUACAUCUCUUUCAUCCUGUUUAAGUGACACCGAAUCAAAGCUAUGUGCUCUUAAAAAACAAUACACCGAAGCUGACGAAGAGCGAAUUAAGCUUCGCGAGAUGGUAAAAACUUUGCAGGAGAAAACGUGCAUGUUAGAAGAAAGGAAUGAGUUUCUACAGCAUGAUAACGAGAAAAAGUCGGAGCUGCUUUUUAAGGCCAACAUUGAACGAAAAGACCUGCACAACGCGGUAAUGGAUUUACGAGGCAAUAUUCGGGUGUUCUGUCGAGUGCGACCACCAUUAACUUCCGAGUCGGAAAGGCUUGAGUGCACGUGGAAGUAUCUGGACGAACAAUCACUGGAGAUCUUCGCCACCGAUGGAAGUAAUAAACGUAUGGACUUUAGCUUUGACCAUGUAUUUCAUUCGCGAACGACACAGGAAGACAUUUUUGACAAUGUAGCUCCGUUGAUACAAUCAGCAUUAGAUGGAUACAACGUGUGUAUUUUUGCCUAUGGUCAAACGGGAAGUGGCAAAACAUACACGAUGGAUGGCAUAUCGGAUAACAUCGGAGUCAUUCCCCGAACUGUUGAUUUAAUAUUUAACUCCAUUGAAGACUAUAAACGGUUGGGCUGGGAGUAUGAGAUACGAGUCAAUUUUCUUGAAAUCUACAAUGAAAUCCUGUACGAUCUCCUAGACUCAUCGGGCACUACAAAAGAUCUAGAAAUUCGUAUGGCAAAUGCAAAAAACAAAACUGAAGUUUAUGUGUCGAACGUCAUCGAGGAAGUUGUCCGAUCCAAAAACCAGUUACGUCAGCUAAUGGCAAUUGCCAAGUCCAAUCGGGCAACGGCGGCGACAGCUGGUAACGAGCGCUCUUCUCGAUCACAUGCUGUGACCAAGUUGCAGCUAAUUGGAACGCACCAGGAGAAAACUGAACUAAGUAUGGGCACCAUCAAUCUCGUUGAUCUGGCCGGGUCAGAAAGCCCAAAGACGAGUACUCGCAUGGACGAAACUAAAAACAUCAACAGGUCUCUUAGUGAGCUAAGCAAUGUGAUUCUGGCAUUGGUGCAGAAAAACGAACACAUUCCCUAUCGAAACUCAAAGCUCACACAUCUGCUAAUGCCUAGCUUGGGAGGCAAUUCUAAAACGCUAAUGUUUGUGAAUGUGUCCCCUUUCCAGGAUUGCUUUAACGAAACGGUUAAAUCUCUCCGGUUUGCUUCACAGGUCAACGCGUGCAAACUGCAGAAAGUACGCAAAAACAAAAUUCUUAACAAUUCUAAUAUAUUUUAA